UUUGACAAUGUUACGACCAAAUUCAUCGUCAAUAACAGGACAGACGCAUGAAAAACUGACGUCAAUUUCUUAAUUUGCUGCACGAGUAAGAGCGCCCCACAAUUCCAUUCGAGUCUUUAUGAUUAUUAUUAUUUGUCAUGAUUCUCUCCAUCGCCUGCAUGCUUUAGAAAUAGAAGUUAAUAGAUUGCUAGGCAUAACCCUUACUCUUCCGGCUUGUUAAAAACACCAAAGCCCUCGGCUAAGAUGACAUCCCGGCAUGGAAAGAUGACCGAAAGUCACAUAGGACGUAGCCGGAGCGAAAGUCGAUAAGAUUGAGUGAUGUCCACACCGCCGGCUUCGACAUAGCCUCGAACAGUUUCUCAUAUUCAACAAGCCGGUUUCAGUAGCUACGUUUAGUUUGUACCUUAACACAUGGCAGAAAGUUACAAAAUGGACAUGUUACGAAUUCAACUCGCUGGUUUGAAGCCGAAUGGCUCAACAAAUGAAGACGGAAGUUGCAACUUGGUGGAAAAUGUGUCAGAUUCGAAUAGGCAAGAGUUGAACUCAGUUUCCGAGACAGAAGCUGUACGCGAAUCAACCGAAGGCGACUUCGAUUCGACAGAGGGCUUUAAACUACCAAGUCCGCCAACAGGCUCUCCUGUGGCCGCUGUAGCGAACGAUUCCGGUCUAUGCUCGGCUGUUUCGACUGAUGUGGUCGAUUCGAUCUCUUCGCGUGCAAGUCUUGACAGCUAUGUUUGGAGUUCGGCGAAUUCAGACCUUCCUUCAUGGACUUUGCCGGAAGAUAAAGAAAGAUUCAUUUGGCCGUCUAAGGGCAAAUUCUUUGCUGUGACAGAUUCAUUUGAGGAGAAUUCUCAAUAUCAUCUUUCUGUAGAGAUAGGAGGUGGUGCGUUUGGUAAAUGCUUCCUUGCUGUAGAAAUUCCAGCAGAUGAUACUGUUGAAGGAAGAGUAUUUUGUGUGAAAAAGUGUCAAUACAGGAAAAACGAGCUACUGGCUUUGGAACUGGCAAAGAAGGAGAAUAUCCUUGAAAUCGUUGAGUUCUAUGGUGUGAAAAUUAAAGGCAGAAAUGCUUGCAUUUUUAUGGAGUUUAUGGCAGGAGGAACUAUAGCAGAUCUUAUUCAAGACAAGAAGAACUGCUGCAGUAAAGGAAAUUGGCCAGUUCUUUCGGAGACGGACAGCCUUGGUUACUUGGAAGAUGUCUUGAAGGCUGUCAAAUUCUUACAUAGUAAGGGGAUCGUUCACAGGGACAUCAAAGGAGACAAUGUACUUUUGGCGGAGGAUCGCCUGCGUGCGAAACUGACAGACUUCGGAUCAGCGGGGAGCUGCCAGGACGCUAAACCCUCUGUUGAUAUCUGGAAAACUGCCUGUCUUCUUCUGGAGAUGUUAAACGGGGAAAGACCUCCUCUGUUUAUAAAUGAGGGAAGCCUUCAAAGACAGAACUCCUGCAAUCCAGAAGAUUACAUUCCUCCCAAAGCUGUGCAAGAAAUUAAAGAACUUUUACGGUUUUGUUUUGGGCUAAAACCAACUGAUGGAAACUAUCUUCCUAGUGCUGCAGAAGUUUUGAAAUAUUCAGCCGCUUUCCCAGUUAAAGAAUUUCUCAAACGACCCAAACCCUUCGAGGAACAAGUGCCGGUUUCGGAAAAUUUCAGUUAGAGCGCUCCAAGAGCUUCAGCCGACACUUACCGACCAUGACGAGCUCUUUCGAAAGAUAUGUCCACCCUAGUGCUGCAAAAGUUUUGAAAUAUUCAGACGCUUUCCCAGUUAAAGAAUUUCUCAAAUGACCCAAACCCUUCGAGGAACAAGUGCCGGGUUCGGAAAAUUUCAGUUAGAGUGCUCCAAGAGCUUCAGCCGACACUUAUCGACCAUGACGAGCUCUUCCGAAAGAUAUGUCCGUCCACUUAUCGACAAAGGGAUGAAGCAGGUUAGAGUGAACUGCACCGCUGACAAAAAGAUUGGUCUCAGGAUGCUCGAAUUUCUUGUUCUAAGCAACAAGAUUGCUAAGCAACAAGGGUCCAUUAAAUGGCGUCAUAACGCGUCAUGGAGACGUUCUAGCAGGUGGAGAACGCGUGUUCUACGUUAUACGACGAUUUGAUAGAAAAAGACUGGUUGUUUGCUAAAAACCUCCCGGACAGGACUGAAGGAGGAUUCAAAUGAAACAGAAUGUAAUUUUGUACAGUUCUUACUUCUUAAAGUAAUUGAAAUAAAUAUAUUUUUGUGCGAUAUUUAC